AUGUCAGUGGUGGAAAAGAUCCACAAAGCUGUCUAUUGUGGGAAAAGCAAAGAUUGUAGAAUUAUGCUCGAGAGGAUCCACACUGGAGAAAAGCCAUAUCAGUGUUCCCAAUGCAGCAAAAGCUUUAGUCAGAAUGGUUUCCCAGUUGUUCAUGGAGAAGCUCAUCCCAGAAAAAAGCCCUACCAGUUGUCCCAAUGUGGCAAAAGCUAUAGCAAGCAGAGAAUAUAUCAGAGAACUCACACAAGAGAGAAACAAUAUGAAUGUCUAGAUUGCAAGAAAAAUUUCAGUCGAAAUUCCAGUUUGGCAAUAGAGCUGAUAGUUCACACAGGAGAGAAGCCUUUUGAAUGUCCUGACUUAGGGGAAAGGAAUGGUCUUGAGACACUAAAGGAGGCACACAAAGGAAUAAAACCAUUUGAAAAUCCUUUCAGUGGGAAAAGGUUCAGUGAGAAUCCCUUCCUGGUGAAGCACCUGAGGACUCCCACAAAAGAGAAACCCUUUGAAUGUCCUGAUUGUGGGGGAAAAAAUUAG